GCCCGAGCCUGCGGAGGGAGGGGAGGCGCGCGCGUGCAUGUGUGGCUGCAGCUGAGAAUCGGAGAAGAGGGGUAUCAAGUGAUCAGAAAGGGCACGUGCUCGGUCCACCCAUCCCACCUGACCCCGUUCGGGAGGGAUGGGUACACUGCAAAGGUUGGUAAAUAACUUGUGCUAGUAAUAUUGGUGCUGGAGCGAGAGAGGGGAGGGCCGCUCGCUGGAAUUUGUGCUGACGGAGGGCCUAUAGUCGGCGCGGAAGGGUGGGUGCAUAUCAGCCGGUGCGCUUUGGCGAACGCGCACCGCUCGGACAGUCUGAGUCGAUCGGUCGUGUGGGAAAGAUCAAGUGGACUAAAUUACGUGUGCGCGAAGUGAUGUUGUCGCGAGUGAUGUUGGAUUAAAAUACACAUUGAAGUGGUAAGUGCAUUCAUCCUAUGCAAAGUCUGGAGAUGAGGAGUGGCGGGAAAUGUUAACCGUAAGUAAUAUUGUUUCAGGUCAAGAUGGCAAGGAAGUGUGCAUGGUGUGGGGAGGCCUUCUCUGAUGGAGAAGUGUUGUUGCGUCACAUCGAGGAGCGACAUGCACCACCCUCAACAUCUGUGGCAGGCAAGGAUCAGCAAAGUGAGACUGUGUUGCGACGGAAGAAGAAAAGUGGGGGAAAAGUGCAGUGUGACAAGUGUGGGAAAAGUAUGCUCCGAAGCAGCCUUAGAGGACAUUUGCAACAUGUGCAUCGUACGCAGGACAUCAAAUGUGAUACGUGUGGAGGGACGUUUAAUCGUGUAUAUGAACUGAGGAUGCAUAAGCGGGUGGGACGAUGUGGAUCGAGAAUCUCAAUGCUGAAACAGAAACGCAAGGGUGUGGAGUGCAAAAGUCUACAGUGUCCCAAGUGUCGAGUGGCAUUCAAGACCAUUGCCAAGCUAACUCGUCACAAGUUGCGGAAGCAUCCCCAACCCCAUGCAAGGUAUGUCUGUGUGCACUGUCGGAAGACAUUUCGGUCGGUGGGCAUGCGUGCGCGGCAUGUGCUCGGGUGCGACAAGCGUCGGCAGCGAGUCGACCGCUAUCAAAGACUGCGAUCGAGGUUCAUGAGCGGUGCGGCAGCGGUGCAAGAGGACACUGAAGAGUCGGCGUGGGAGACGCGCACAGCCGUGCAAGGCAAUGCGCGCAUUCACCUGCUCCACAUCACUCACCAGGACGACCUACAGAUGACGUGUAUUAGUAAUAAGAGUGAGAUUAGUAAAGUGCUCAAGAAGGAUAUGCAAGAUUUGAAACGUAUAAAGUGGUACAUGACAGCUCAUAUGAAAAUUCAGGAGGGGGAGAAACAGGCAGUUGGGGAUUCUGACAUUCGCUAUAUGCGGUGUGCUCCAAUUAUUAUACUUAGGGAGGAUGAAGUGGAGGACUCGGUGAAGCAGGGAAUACAGGGAGUGCUCCUUAGUUUUGAAAAUUCAUCACAGGAGGGAAGUAAUAUUCUGUAUGAGCGAGUAGAGAAAAUUGAGGUGCGUGUGUGUAAAUAUGCUGCCAUCAGGGGCUCGUCCUAUCUCCCCCUCCCCAACUGGUUAAAGAAUAGUAGAAAGGGAUUAAUAAAUAUCCAAAAUUUUGAUGAUGAAAAGUGUUUCAAAUAUUGUAUUGUUGCAGGGAUAAAUCUACCUCAGCGUCACCCUGAGAGAGUAGCUCAUUACAGGGGGAAUAGGGGAGUGCCUAUUAAUAUGCAAGGUAUUAAAUAUCCUGUACGAGUGACACAAAUAUCCAAAUUUGAGGGGCAAAACAGAAAUAUUGCCGUAUCUGUGUUCGGUCUCGAAGAGGAGAAACAUAUUGUGCCACUAAGAAUUUCAAAAGUCCCUGAUCGGCCCCAUCACAUUCGGAUGCUUCUAAUCACAUCGGAGGAGGGGGAGAGUCAUUACGUGUUAAUUACAGAUUUGAGCAAACUUCUUGGUCACAGCCACAACCAUCACGCGAGGCUGUAUUAUUGUGACAAUUGUCUCACCCCAAUGCAGAGUCGUGUACGUCGAGAUGAGCACCAAGUUCGGUGUCUCCAUUUUGAGGCACAGGCUGUGCGUCUUCCCUCUGAGGAGGAUAAUAUUCUUAAAUUUAGAAAUUAUGGCCACCAGGCUCUACAUGAUUAUGUUAUCUAUUGUGAUUUAGAGAGUAUGGUUGUACCAUAUGAUACCGUGCUACCGGAUCCUCAGCGAUCGGCGACAUCUAAAACGCACGUGCACAAAACGUGCGGUUUCUGUUAUAUAGUUGUUGGUAAAGAUGGUAAAUUAGUUAAAGAGCCUGUUCUACAGCACGGAGGGGAUGAUGUGGCAAAACGCCUCUUAAUGUGUCUGAAAGAGGAAGAGAGAAAUAUUAUGGAGAAUUUGAGGGGUGUUGAUUGGCCCCUAGAUAUGACUGAAGCCUCUGAAAAAGCAUUCCAGGAGGCUACACACUGUUAUAUGUGUAAUGACCCGGUUCCCCGGCAGGGGGUGCCAAAAUGUCGUGACCAUGACCACCAGAUUGAGGUAGAUAACUAUCGUGGCUGUGCAUGUUCCCGUUGUAACCUUAAUUUAAAAAGAAAACAAUUUAUUCCUGUGUACUUUCACUGUAUGUCUCGGUAUGAUAUCCACUUCCUUAUAAGUGCUAUAGGUGAGCUCAGUGAUGGUACUGAUUUAUCUUGCAUCCCACGAACAAAGGAGCGCUAUGUUGCUGUCACGUGGGGUAAUCUGAGAAUAUUGGACACGUUCAACUUCUUAAGCAGCCCGCUGGAGAAAUUAGUUGCUGAUUUAAAAAAGGAGGAUUUGACCCUAUUGAUUGAAAUGUAUCCUGAUGAAGAGAAACGUGAAUUGCUAAGUCGGAAAGGAGUGUACCCUUACAGUUACUUUCAAGAAGAGAGUACCUUCCUGGAAAAAAAGCUUCCCCCGAAAGAAUGUUUUAAAAAUGAUUUGACGGGAGAACAUAUUUCUGAUGAAGAUUAUUCGCAUGCUCAAAACGUGUUCAAAACAUUCAAUAUGGAAAAUCUGUGGGACUUCCAUGACGCAUAUCUUUUAAGCGAUGUAUUGUUGUUAGGGUCCACCUUUGAAACUUAUCGGAGGAGUACAAUGAAGCACUUUAAACUGGACUGUGCCUAUUACUAUAGUGGGCCUGGAUUAAGCUGGGAUGCAGCCCUUUUGUUUACAGGGCAAGAACUGUCUCUCAUUACAGACAUAGAUAUCCAUGAGAUGGUCGAGCAGACCGUACGUGGUGGAGUCAGCAUAAUUACCCACCGAUUAAUGGAGUUCAAUAAUCCAAGAUUGCCUAAUUUUGACCCCUCUAAAGAGAUCACGUGGGGUCUGUACGCUGAUGCUAAUAAUCUGUAUGGCCUCUCGUUAGCGCGAAAUAAUCCUGUGUCCGGUUUCCGGUUCCUCACCCGUCAAGAAAUCAAUGAACUGGAUGUUAUGAAAAUUGAAGAAAAUGAUUCCCAGGGUUAUAUAUUGGAGGUGGACCUGUCUUAUCCACCCUCACUCCAUAAGGAGCAUGAUGCCUUCUGUCUGGCGCCUGAACACUAUAUCCCCCAGUAUGAGGAGUUGUCUCCACUACAAAAAAGGAUGAUAAGAAUGUAUAAUUUACCUAAGAAAUGUAAUAGAAAAUUAAUUCCAAAUCUGAAGGACAAGAGCAAGUAUUGUGUGUAUGGGGAAACACUCAAGUUGUAUGUUUCUCUGGGUCUAAAAAUAACUCAUGUACAUAGAGUAAUUAAGUUUGAACAAAAGGCAUGGUUAGCGCCCUAUAUAAUGUAUAAUACUGAAAUGAGGAAGAAGGCGACAAGUUCAUUUGAAAAGUCUCUGUGGAAAUUAUAUAAUAAUUCUGUGUUUGGGAAGACAAUGGAGUCUGUAAGGAAGAGACGUAAUGUUGAUUUUACAAAACAAAAUGCUAAAUUUCUAAAAUUAGUUAGAUCCCCCCUCUUUCAUUCAUUUGAGAUUUUUGAUAAUGAUUUGGUGGCUGUGGAACGGAGGAAGGGUUGUGUGAAGCUGGACCGCCCAAUCGCCAUCGGCGCAGUUGUUUUAGACACCUCGAAAGCAUGGAUGUAUAAUUGUUAUUAUAAUGUACUUAAGAAAAAAUUUGGUUCAAAUGUUGUCUCUCUACUCAGUGAUACAGACGCGUGGAUACUGUCAAUAAAGACAGAAGAUUUGUAUAAAGAUCUGGAGGAGCUUAAGGCACACUUUGAUUUUAGUGACUAUCCCCCUGAGAAUGUUCUGUAUUCAACAGAAAAUAAAAAAGUUAUGGGUAAAUUCAAAGAUGAAUUAAAUGGCGCUGUGCUAGCUGGGGUUGUUGGCCUGAGGCCAAAAAUGUAUUCAUUUAAAACAGGUGACAUGAUGAAAUGUGUGGCCAAAGGUGUGCCUCGUAGUGCUGUAAAGAACCAACUAAAUUAUGAUGAUUAUAAAGAUUGUAUUUUAAAGUUAAAACAAAAAAGUGUAACAUUCUCACGUAUAUGUACUGAUCAGAAACAUCAUGUGUUUACGGCAUUCUCCACUAAACGUGCAUUAUCGUGCUAUGAUGAUAAGAGAUACAUUAGUAGUAAUAAUAAAGACACUUAUGCCUUUGGAAGUGUCCAUAUUGCAGAGUUAAAUGAAUAUGAUGAUGAUGUUAGCUCUGAUGAUGAAGGAGCAGCCAAUCUGGAAGAAUUAGUUGAUAUGUUAGAUUUGCAUGUGCUGCCACACAGCGGAGAUCUGGAGAACUAUGACGAGUGUGAGACAAAUCGUCUCUGCAUUGUGGCGCGCUCACCUCUUCCGUGGCAGAAUAUGGAAGUAGCUCAUUCUGCAGUGUUGGUGGUCAGG